AUGCAUCGUCUGCCGCGCCGGGUCCUAGGAGCCUAUGCUUUCGCCGAGGGAACAGGCUUCGUGCAUCAUUGGUACGUGAAGCGACGUGCGCGGCGCAGCGAAGCGCCAGCACACGCCCCCGCGGACGAAGAGUACGGUCGCCGAUUUCUUUCUCUCGCACGCUGUGAUGGCAGUCAAGGCGACUUCGACUCCCUGGCGUGCGCGCGCUUCCUGCGCCAUGCCUUCUUUGGAAUGCCGUGCGAGGCACUUUCCCGCGAGGUGGUCCAUCGCUGGCUUCGCAGCCACCUUGGAGGACUUGGGGAGGCGGAGGAUGCAAUCUCCUCGCUGGAAGCUGCACUUGGCCCCUUCGCUCCAAGCAUGCGAGGCGUGGUGGCGCCUUCGGCGUUUGUUUUCGGCGAGGGAUGGGUUGAGGCCUGGUACAAGCCGCUUCUUCUCCGCUGGUUUCUCGAGGGCCAGCGCUACAUCGCCAGACGCAGGUUGCAGCGGCAGGGCUUCGUCGAGACUCGCGCAGAUGCGGCGGGCCUGCCCCAGUUGAGCUUUUGGGAACGCGAGGGGGAUGCGAACGAGGAGGGUGGUGAUCCGAGUGAGCCACCACUCGUCGUUCUCCACGGCUACGGACGAG